CGCCCCACGACCGCUCCUGUGUGCGUUAUAAGUGACAAUUGGAGGUUCGGUUCGUCCCGGGUGCAAUUCCGAGCCGCGGGACGCCGUUAAAUCGGUAAAACGGAGCGCGGCAGUGAGACCUACUUUGAGAGGCGGAGCUCGCCGCGGCUCCACUCGGCGAGGCGCGUUCGUAAUGAAAAGAGCGCGUGAGCGGCGCUCGGCGGUGACUUCCUCGCUCCUCGGCAGCUACAUUGUUGGAGAAGCAGCACGUUGUUGGCUUCUGCACGCUGAACUUUACGCCGAACCACCGUUCUCCUGCCCGGGGAGAAACCGCAUCCACCGCCACCAGCUACACCCUCGGACGUCCGUGAGUUACCCCAGCUUGCGAUAACAUGUCGGCCUCGGCGGCAAAAGUGAGUAAAAAGGAGCUGAACUCGAACCAUGACGGAGCGGACGAGACCUCCGAGAAAGAGCAGCAAGAAGCUAUUGAACACAUUGAUGAAGUUCAAAAUGAAAUUGACAGGUUGAAUGAGCAAGCCAGUGAGGAGAUCCUCAAAGUCGAACAGAAAUACAACAAACUCCGUCAGCCAUUCUUUCAGAAGAGGUCAGAACUGAUCGCCAAAAUCCCCAACUUCUGGGUCACCACGUUUGUCAACCAUCCACAAGUAUCUGCCCUACUGGGGGAGGAAGAUGAAGAAGCGCUUCAUUACCUGAGCCGAGUGGAGGUGACAGAGUUUGAAGACAUCAAGUCGGGCUACAGAAUAGAUUUUUAUUUCGACGAAAAUCCGUACUUCGAAAACAAAGUACUUUCCAAAGAGUUCCAUCUGAACGAGAGCGGAGACCCAUCUUCAAAGUCGACAGAAAUCAAAUGGAAAUCAGGAAAGGACCUGACCAAGCGCUCCAGCCAGACACACAACAAAGCAGGACGGAAGAGGCAACAUGAAGAACCAGAGAGCUUCUUCACCUGGUUCACUGAUCACGCUGACGCCGGCGCCGACGAGCUCGGGGAGGUCAUCAAGGACGACAUCUGGCCGAACCCUCUGCAGUACUACUUGGUUCCUGACAUGGACGACGAGGAGGGUGAAGGCGAGGAUGACGAAGAGGACGAGGAGGGUCUUGAGGACAUAGACGAGGAGGGGGAUGAAGAAGGAGAGGAGGACGAAGAGGAUGAAGGAGAAGAUGGAGAGGAUGACGAGGGAGAAGACGACUAAAAAAAUAACAUCACCUACCAAGACCCUCAACCUUCUAUUCCCUGUUUGGUUUUCCACUCAUGUUCGGGAGCAAAGGUUUUACUUUUUUUUUUUUUUUUUUU